AGUCAAGCGGAGGAUGGAAGCUGCAUACGAGACAUUGAUGCUGCUGGAUUAACACAAUUAAGCUCAACUGUGGAGGAUGUAUUUUCCAGUGGCAAUCUCUCACGUGCUGCAGAAACGUUGGCUAACAUGAGACACUGUCUUGCUGCUGUUGGGGAGGUUGCUGAAUUUGUUAAUAUAAGGAAGCAGCUUGAAGUUUUAGAAGAUAGACUGGACACAAUGGUUCAGCCUCGUCUCACAGACGCAUUGAACUACAAAAAGGCUAAUGUCGCUCAAGAAAUGCGGGGAAUCCUCAUUAGAAUUGAGAGAUUUAAGUCUUUAGAAAAUUACUACACAAAAGUCCACCUCAGACCCAUAAAGAAGCUAUGGGAAGAUUUUGACUCAAAGCAACAAUCCAGUAAACUUGCAAGUGAAAAGAAUGAAGUGGAACAGAUUUCACGAAGUGUGGAUUCGAAUGGGCCAACACUAUCUUUUGCACGAUGGUUACCGAGUUUCUACGACGAGUUGCUACUUUAUCUUGAGCAAGAGUGGAAGUGGUGCAUUCUCGCUUUCCCUGAAGAUUACAAAACUCUUGUUCCUAAAUUGUUGACUGAGAUAAUGGCAUCCAUCUAUACAAGUUUUGUAUCUCGUGUUAAUCUAGCUACUGGUGAUGUUGUCCCUGAGACUAAAGCAUUGGCAAAGGGUCAUUCUCAAUCUUCUUUUGUUGUUUUCAGUUUCUGUCUCUGGAUUGAACCCUACAGUUUUCUUAGACUCACUAUGUUGUUUUGCAUCUUAAGUUUAUUUGUGAAGAAAUGGGCCAACGCGUUGAUGAACGUGCGCCAAAGUAAACAAUGA